AUGAACACCAUUAAAGCAGACCAAAUUAUUGAACUUGAGCCUUCAUUUAUAAAAGUGCCUUAUGAACAACUACGCAAGUCGUUUCGCUAUGAGUAUAAAUAUAUUGAAAAGGAGCUCAUUACCCUCCAAGACAAAAUCGAACGCUGUAUAAAAGACAACACAUUAUCUGCCAAAAAGGCUACAGAGACAAUAAAUGAACUAAUGAAGCAAGUGGAUAAACUGAAACGGAAACUAGAGAAAUACAAAGAGGAUGGGGAAGCUUAUAGCAGAAGAAUCGAAAAGAGAGCAGCCAACCUACUUGAAAUCGAAAAUGUUACUUCUCCAAAAGCACCGGAAUUUGUAUCUUGGACGAAAACAAGACUGGAUAGAGUUGUUGUUGAUUAUUUACUUAGAGAAGGAAUGACAGAAACUGCAAAGAAAGUGGCAAACCAUGGAGGCAUUGAGGAUCUGGUGGACGUUGACUUGUUUUUGCAAGCUGAAAAAAUUGAACAGGCUUUGAGAAACCACAGCUGUAAAGAAUGCUUGCAGUGGUGUUCUGAGAAUAGAUCAAGUUUAAAGAAAAUGAAGAGUACAUUGGAAUUUAACCUAAGGUUACAAGAGCAUAUUGAACUCGCUAGAGCCAAUAGAGGAUUAGAGGCUAUUUCCUAUGCACAAAAAUACCUCACGCCGUGGAAAGCAACCGAGUAUAAACGAAUUGGACAAGCUAUGGGGCUGCUAGCCUACAAAAGUGAUACCCAAUGCCAACCUUACAAAGAUCUUUAUGAUGAAAAGCGCUGGCAAGAGUUAAUUCAUCAAUUCAGGAGUGAUAACUACGCUCUUUGUUCGCUUACUUCUCAUCCACUGAUGUCCAUCACACUUCAGGCUGGUCUUUCGGCUCUAAAGACACAACAAUGCUAUGAACAUGAAAAUCAAAAUGUAAAUUGUCCAAUUUGCGACAACAGUACGUUAGGAAAACUAGCAGAAAAGUUACCACUGAGUCAUCAUGUAAACUCGACUAUAGUCUGUCGUAUCAGUGGCAAAAUUAUGAAUGAAGAUAAUCCACCAAUGUUAUUACCUAAUGGAAGAGUGUAUAGCUUCAAUGCAUUAAAGGAAAUGGCAGAUAAAAAUGACAAUAAAGUCAUUUGUCCAAGAACGGGAGAUGUAUUCAAGUUUAAAGAGCUGAAAAAGGUGUUUAUCUCAUAA